CCGCCAGAGGUUUUCAACUUUUCUAUCAGAGAGAGAGAGAGAGAGAGUGAAUGAGUUAAGUGGAACGGGGAAGAACAUCGUUAAGAUCAAGGAAUCGAAGAGAUCUUGAUCCGCUUUCUUGAGAAGUUGAAGAAUUAGGAAGAAGGAGGUUGAAGAUGAGCUUCGAUCCGACUCCUUCGAGUACUACUCAUGGCAGCCUUGACGAACAGAUUUCUCAGCUUAUGCAGUGCAAGCCUUUGUCGGAGCAAGAGGUUAGGGGGCUGUGCGAGAAAGCGAAGGAGAUCCUAAUGGUUGAAAGCAAUGUUCAGCCUGUGAAAAGCCCUGUAACAAUUUGUGGGGAUAUUCAUGGACAAUUCCAUGAUCUAGCGGAGCUCUUUCGAAUUGGUGGAAAGUGCCCAGACACAAACUACUUGUUUAUGGGAGAUUAUGUUGAUCGUGGCUACUAUUCAGUUGAAACCGUAACAUUUCUUGUGGCCCUAAAGGUGCGUUAUCCUCAACGGAUUACUAUUCUACGGGGAAAUCAUGAGAGCCGACAGAUUACUCAAGUUUAUGGAUUUUAUGAUGAAUGUCUGAGGAAAUACGGAAAUGCCAGUGUCUGGAAGACCUUUACCGAUCUUUUUGAUUAUUUUCCCCUUACAGCAUUGGUGGAAUCGGAAAUAUUUUGUUUACAUGGUGGAUUAUCCCCUUCCAUUGAAACACUUGACAACAUACGAAAUUUUGACCGUGUUCAAGAGGUUCCUCACGAGGGACCAAUGUGCGAUCUUUUAUGGUCUGAUCCUGAUGACCGUUGCGGUUGGGGUAUCUCCCCUAGGGGUGCGGGAUAUACUUUUGGCCAGGACAUAUCUGAGCAGUUCAAUCAUACCAAUGGAUUAAAGCUGAUUGCUAGAGCCCAUCAAUUAGUUAUGGAGGGAUUUAACUGGGCUCAUGAGCAAAAGGUUGUUACCAUUUUCAGCGCCCCUAAUUAUUGUUAUCGUUGUGGUAAUAUGGCAUCGAUCCUCGAAGUUGAUGACUGCAAUGGUCACACUUUUAUUCAGUUUGAACCUGCACCUAGGAGGGGAGAACCAGAUGUGACCCGAAGAACACCAGAUUAUUUCCUGUGAAAUUGUAGAAUGAUGGUUUUAAAGGGGAAAGAAAGUGUGUUAUUUUUCGAUGAUUGAUCGAUGGAGAAUGAUAUGUGUAUAGGCUGAUUCUUUGUUUUCUCCAUAGAAGAUGAAAAGAAACCUACAGAAGAGGCUGAUUGAUCACAAAAUUAUUACUUCACUUGUUUUGUUGUUGUAGAUGGAAAUAAUUUAUUUUUGUAUGCAUUAUAAUACUCUGAUAUAAUGAUAUUUGAUGACUUUGAUUGAAUACCACUAUGAUUUUUAAUGGAAAUUGAUUAACUG